AUGAAGUCCUACACUGUCGCCGCCGCCGUUGCCGGCUUUGCCUCCUCCGUCGCCGCCCACGGCUUCAUCAGCGAGCCCGCUCCUCGUAUGCCCGGUGAUGGCCUCAAGGCUGCCUGUGGUGACCAGUUCUACAACACCCAGUCGUCUGACCACUAUGGCAAUGUCCAGGGUGCUCUCCAGAACCUCGGACAGGGUGACCACCCCGACUGCCGCCCGUGGCAGUGCAAGGGUGUGCCAUUCACCGAUGCUGGCGAGAUCUUCGAGUACACCGCCGGACAGGUCAUCCCCAUGAAGGUUGAGAUCCGUGCUCCUCACGACGGUGUCGCCAACGUUUCCAUCGUCAACAUCGCUACCGACAAGGUCAUCGGCGAGCCUCUCAUUAGCUGGGACGAGUACGCCCUCACCUCCUCCCCCAUGUCUGCUCACCCUGACUGGACCUCGUUCGACAUCACUAUGCCCGAUGUCAGCAAGGAGUGCGCCAACAAGGGUGACUGUGUCAUUCAGUGGUUCUGGGACGCCCCCAAGAUCGACCAGACCUACGAGUCCUGCAUUGACUUCACCAUGGGUGGUGGCUCCGGCUCCGGCAACGGCUCUGCCCCCGCGCCUUCAGCUUCUCCCAAGCCCAGCGCUCCUGCCGCUUCCGCCCCGGCUGCCAGCUCUGCUGCUCCCUCCAGCACCGUCCCUGAGGCCACUGCCACCCCCACUCCUACCGCCGCUGAGGAGGCCGCUACCCCUGUCGCCACCGGUGGUUCCGACUCUGGCUCCGACUCCAGCCUCCCCGAGUCCUUCACCAUGGACACCUUCAUCACCUGGCUCCGCGCCAACGCUGGCACCGGUGUCGCUGACAAGGUCCGCCGCAUGGUAGCUGCCCAGCGCGCUCACCCCCGUGCUUUCCGCGUCUAA